AUGAGAUCGUCAGAGACUGUACCUGGGCUAAGAAGCGGAGCAAAGCUCAACAGAACUAGCCACACAUCGACAGCUAACCGGGGUUCGCUACCCGCUUAUGGUCCACCAAGACUUGAUAUUUUUCAAAAAACCAGGGGAGGAAUUCUUUGCCGAAAAUCCUUCGAUGACAUCUUACUUCGAUGUGUCGAUAGAGCAGAAGGUGAAUACAUCGUAGAUGAAGCACGUUCGGGAAUGCCUGCUCCGCCUGCUCAGCUGCGCCGCAAAGCACGGCUUUCCGGACGAAUGGCGAGCCGGGAGCCGGUCGACUUCAUUCUAUGUAACCGCGCUGUUAAUUCGAGAGCCGUUGUGUCAGGGCUCAUAACUCGGCUCCAGCGCCGGUGGCUUGACAAAGAGAGUACGGGAAGAAUUCAUUCCUAUGCGUCCGCAGCUAAUGAAUCUGAUGCCAUUGAUUCUGUUGUAAUGCUAGCGAAAGGCUUUAAACGAAUACCUGGCUCAAGCCUCAAGGGAAUAAACUGGCUUUCUUCUCCUAGUUGGCUAUGGGUCAUGGGAGAGAGAGUGAUUUUAGAAUGUCUUUCAGCUAGUGUUUAA